AUGGCACAUCUUCGUCGUCAAGGCCUCCAACUGAAUAGAUCCGAGUCUGCAUCUACUAGUUAUACAUACUACAAUCAAAAAUUUGAUGAUAUUACUGAUCUAUUUUUAUUUGCAUGUUCACAUGGUGAUUAUGUACUCGCAUAUGAUCUUUUACAAGGAGGUGAUGUUAAAGCAGAUGUAUCAGAUAAAAUGGGCACAAGUGCACUGCACUUAGCCAUUGAAAAUGAACAUUUUGAAGUUGUCAAAGUUUUAUUGCACACAAUACCUUAUGAACAAUUUCGUGAUGCACUUCUUUUGGCUAUUUAUUUGGGUCAUACGAAUAUAAUUGAUUUUAUAUUAAAUCAUCAAACAUAUCGAACAUUUUGUGGCGCAUUUCUUGAUCCAACCGAUCCACAAGCUUAUGAUGAUUCACAAUUUAGUUCUGACAUAACUCCAAUUAUUCUUGCUGCUCAAUAUAAUCGUUUACCCACUGUUCACUAUUUAUUAACCCACGGCGAACGUAUAAAAAAACCUCAUUUAAGUAUGUGCUCCUGUGAUGAAUGUAUUGAAAGUGCAGCAUCGGAUUCAUUUCGUCAAGCACAAGUUCGUCUAUCUGCAUAUAAAGGUCUUUCGUCUGAAGUUUAUAUUGCAUUAGCAUAUCGAGAUCCAAUUUUACAAGCAUUUGAAUUAAGUCAUGAAUUACGAACAUCGGCAAAAACUGAAUAUUAUUUUGGCGAAGAAUAUAAAAAAUUAGCUAAUCAAUUAUCAGUAUUUGUUGCUCGAUUACUUGAUAAUGUACGCGGACAUGAAGAACUUGAAAUUGUUUUAAAUAAAACUGGCUUGCCACAUGAAGAAAAAUAUGAAACAUUAGCUCGAUUCGGUCUAGCUGUACAAUAUAGAGAAAAACCGUUUGUAUCGCAUUCAAAUUGUCAGCAAAAAUUAAACGCGAUAUGGUAUGAAAAUAUAUCAUUUCUCACAAAUGUUGAUGCUUUCAAACGAGCGAUGUUCUAUGUUGGCUAUAUUAUUUGUUUUCCAUUCAUAGCAUUAACGCAUUACAUAUUGCCUAAAUCAAAAAUAGGUUCAUUGUGCCAACAACCAAAUCUUAAAUUCAAAGCUUACAUUGCAUCAUAUUUUAUUUUUAUUGCAUUAAUUAUAGCAUCGAGUAAUUUCUCGAUUAUCGAUCUGACAACAACAAAAUUUCUAUCGGAUUAUAAUCCAACUAUUUAUAAAAACUAUAUUCAAUUAAUUUUUAAAAAUAAUGACGUAAAAAACGAUCUAAUUAAUUAUAUUAAUACUACAAAUGACACAGUCGUCAAUUGUGACAUUAGCCUUCGUUUUAUAGAACCAAAUGUAUUUCAAAUAGCUAUGUUCAUAUGGAUUAUUGGUUUUGCAUGGAAUGAAUUUAAUCAAAUAGCUAGUUUAGGUAUUGAUGUCUAUUUGAAAGUACCUAGUAAUUAUGUUGAUUGUUCAAUGAAUAUUCUUUAUCUAUUCUAUUUUCUUUUUCUUUUCUCAUCGAUGGUCUAUACUCGUUUAGCAAUGAAUGAAUUUCAGUCGUCAACCUAUUGGAUUAAUAUUGCUCGAUAUAAAAAGAUGUCCGAUAUUGAAAAACAAUAUUAUAUUUCUAAAACUCUCCAUUUACUCUAUUGGAUUAAUGCCGAUCGAUUCUAUUGGAAAAAUGGAGACUUACAAAAUUUAGCUGAAGGCUUUUUCGCUAUGGGCAAUGUUGUUAGUGUUUGUCGAAUUUGUUUUCUAUUGCCAAUCAGUGCAUUUGUUGGACCAUUACAAGUAAUGCUUGAUCGUAUGAUGGUUGAUAUUUCAAAAUGGAUUAGUAUUAUUCUGAUCUUUUUCAUAGCAUUUUCUUGUUCGUUAUUUUUUAUAUUCUCGUUCUAUGCUAUUGUUUUGCAACAAAGAGCUUUCAUUGAUGCAUCAAAUACGAACAGCUCACCGACAAUAAUAUCUGUAAUAGAUGGAAACAUAACAAUACCAGAUAAUGCUAAAUGUUCAGAUUAUUUCUAUGAACUUUUGAACCAAACGAUUCAAUUACCAAACAAUACUGGCGACAAUAGUAAUAGUAAUAAUGGUACCACAGGUGCAACCGAUAUUUGUGAACAAUCGUCUGACUAUAAUAUACUUAAAAAAAUCGGAUCUUAUCCAGCUAUUUACUAUUUUGGAGAAUCAUUUCCAAGAACACUAUUAACAACAUUUUUUACAUUAUUCAUGAAUGUUGGAAAGAGUGGGUUACCAGAUCGUGGAUAUGAACUUGUCACACUUUCAUGUUUUAAACCUGAUCUAAAUAGUUAUUUAUCUGGUUUUGAUAGUAUCAUGUCGAAUCUUGGUUUUAUUCUCUAUAGUCUUUUUAUAUUUAUAUGUUUUACUGUUCUCAUCAAUACAUUAAUUGCCAUGCUCGAACAAACAAUCGAAGAUAUUGAUGAUCGAGCUGAUAUCGAAUGGAAAUUUGCACGUUCAAAACUUUACAUGAAAUAUAUACAAGACGAUAAAUUUUUACCUGUGCCAUUCAAUAUUUGUCCAUCACCAACAUCAAUUAUUAAUCUUAUGAAGCGCAUAAAACAAAUGAUUUCUACGAGACGUAUCACAAAGAAUAAUAAUGUUAUAAAAAUUCCUACUCAAAACAGAUUAGAAAAUUUACUCUAUUUUAAUAUCGAGGGACAUCCUAGUAGCAAUGAUAAAAUGAAUACUGAGAGUGAAUUGGACGAUUUUAAAAAUGAAAAGAUUUUUAAACGGAAAAAUAGUGAUACUGCAAAUGAUAGUUUAACAUAUAAAAUAGUUAUUGAACGUAUUGUUAAACGAUUUUUACUGUACUAUAGAAAUAGUCGUAUUGAUCUCGACGAAGGGCAAGAUGCUUUACAAUUAAAAGAAAUGAAACAUGACGUAACAUCAUUUUCUUUUGAAUUAUUUCAUGAAAUUGAAGGAUUAGAUGAAUUACAAGAUACAAUUGAAAAUUCAAUGAAUAAACUCAAUAACAAUUUUAAAAAUACAUUCAAUUUGGAACAAAUUAAACUUCAUUUAAGUAAUAAAAAAGAAUAA